UAAUUGAGCAAUGUUUGCCUUGCUUAAUUUCAACAGGACAGUAUCUAUUGUAUCAUAGAUAAUCACGCACCUACGAGGAAGCUAAGCUCCGUGGCUAUAUAUACUGACAUCAUUUGGACGAACGUUCUUUCAGAGCGUUGUUGAAUAUCUUUAGAAAGAAAAAAGGUUGCAAAAAUUUAACUGUUAAAUGGCCCCUCCUCCUUAUAGUGCCUACAACGGAGAAAUCGAUGGGGAAAAUCUACCUCUAGCUUUUGAUAUCUGGGAAAAUCUAUGGGCCUAUGGCUAUUACCCUCAUCAACCUAUUUCGGAGAUCAAUAGCACUUCUACAUUGGUUGAUUUCCCCUUUUGCGAUGGCACCAUCGUCAGGGAUAACAAAAGGGUAAAGAGAACCGUGUGCUUCCCUAUUUAUAACAGCAUUAAUUGCCAUAGUUUCUUCAACACCAACAACAGCAGUAGUAGGAAUAGCAUACCAAAGCUCCACUUCAGAGAUCACAUACGGACUUACACUCAAAGAUAUCUCGCAGCUGAACCCGUAGAAGAUACAAACAGUUCAGAAAGUAGUGGAGGCGAAGAAGAUGGGUGUGCAGAUGGAGUGAGGCUUGUUCAGCUUCUAAUAGCAUGUGCGGAAGCGGUGGCUUGUCGUGACAAAUCACACGCUUCCAUAUUACUAUCCGAACUUAAAGCGAAUGCUUUAGUGUUCGGAUCCUCAUUCCAAAGAGUUGCUUCCUGUUUCGUCCAAGGCCUGAUCGAGAGGCUCAAUCUGAUUCAGCCCAUCGGGCCUGCUGGCCCCAUGAUGCCCUCCAUGAUGAACAUCAUGGACGUGGCCUCAGACGAAAUGGAGGAAGCAUUCAGGUUGGUUUAUGAACUGUGUCCGCACAUCCAGUUCGGACACUAUUUGGCUAAUUCCACAAUAUUGGAAGCCUUUGAGGGUGAGAGUUUUGUCCAUGUCGUGGACCUAGGCAUGAGCCUGGGUCUACGACACGGACACCAAUGGAGAGGUCUGAUCCAGAAUCUUGCCGGUCGUGUAGGCGGCGAACGUGUUCGUCGCCUGCGGAUCACGGGGGUGGGGCUCUGUGAGAGGCUUCAAACCAUUGGAGAAGAACUCUCCGUUUAUGCAAACAAUUUGGGCGUCAACUUGGAGUUCUCCGUGGUGGAGAAGAAUUUGGAAAAUCUGAAACCAGAGGACAUUAAAGUGAGGGAAGAAGAGGUUCUUGUGGUGAACAGCAUUCUGCAGCUGCAUUGCGUGGUGAAGGAAAGCCGCGGGGCUUUGAAUUCGGUGCUGCAGAUGAUUCACGGGCUUGGACCCAAAGUGUUGGUGAUGGUGGAGCAGGACUCGAGUCAUAAUGGACCCUUUUUUCUAGGGAGGUUUAUGGAAUCAUUGCACUAUUACUCUUCAAUUUUUGACUCGUUGGAUGUUAUGCUGCCAAAGUAUGACACUAAGAGGGCGAAGAUGGAGCAGUUUUACUUUGCUGAGGAAAUAAAGAACAUUGUGAGUUGUGAGGGGCCUUUGAGGAUGGAGAGACACGAGAGAGUGGACCAGUGGAGGAGGAGAAUGAGCAGGGCUGGGUUUCAGGCUGCGCCUAUUAAGAUGGUGGCUCAGGCGAAGCAGUGGCUUCUCAAGAACAAGGUUUGUGAGGGGUAUACUGUUGUGGAAGAGAAGGGGUGUUUGGUUCUUGGAUGGAAAUCGAGGCCUAUUGUUGCAGUUUCUUGCUGGAAAUGCUGACCUGAAUAACCAUCAAUCUCCACUGUCCCUUGCAGUUUAAAGUUGGUGUCUGGGAUCAGUGUCAAUAAAUAACAGUUUCAUAUAUGGGAGCUGUUGUGUGCUAAAAUAAUCUGUUUUCAUAUGCGUGUUGUGAAUUAAUUAGGACCCAAAUUGUGUUGUUCAACACACUAAAACUUUGUGUGAGAAUAAUGUCUUUUUCCAGUAAUUCUGUGUUGUGGCUGCUCGGGGAUCGAAAAGAUGAAAUAAAUUGAUAACUUGUUUGGUGUGCA